UGACAAAAGAACGGGUAAACUGGCUCCGAGUGCCGUUUCGGAGAGCACCGUGCUGAUAGUUUAUUAGGAAGUAAGUUCCUCCGACUGAAUUGUGGGGUUGCCUUUUAUGGUGAUCCAGAGAGCUCACGAAAAAACAUUCAACUGAAGAUUGUAAUGCAACGGGAGUGUUGAGAAGUGAUCGUGACAAAAACAAUCAAGAUAUAAUUAUCGAAAAAUGCUGGGCAGCUUAAAAUGGGCUACGAUCCUGGUGAUCGUAGCAUGUACGAUUGGCGUCAAGUCAAAUUAUCCUCCUCCCGAAAGAUUGACAGGUAUGAAUCCCUGCAUCAGCAAGCAGACCUGUCACGAAUGCAUACAAACGCCACACUGUGCUUGGUGCGCCGCUCCCAAAUUUCCUGAAAAAAGGUGCUUCCUUCCAAACGUAAAUACGAAAAUUUACGCUACCUGUCCUGAAAAAUACACGUGGGAUCCUGAUAACCGAUUCAGCAUGGUGAGACAUCGCAAUCUUACAAAAGGAGGUGGAUACUUCAUAUCCGGAGGUGGCUACUCUGAAAGUGGAGGAGAGUGGUGGUCCUCGAACUCAAGUAGCUCCAGUAGCUCCAGCAGUAGUAGCAGCAGCAGUAGCAGCAGCAGCAGUAGCGGAGGUUACUCAAGUGGUCAGGAAGCCGUUCAAAUGUGGCCACAGGAGGUUAAUUUGAAAUUGCGAAUAAAUGAAGCAUAUCGUAUGUCGUUCGCAUAUUCCCAAGCCGAAGAUUAUCCCGUCGAUCUCUACUACCUUAUGGACCUCAGUAAAUCCAUGUUGGAGGACAAGCAAAAACUUUCCGAUCUUGGACAACUCCUCGUCGAGAGCAUGAGCAAAAUAACGAGCAACUUUCGUUUAGGUUUCGGCAGUUUCGUCGACAAAGUUGUCAUGCCCUAUGUCAGUACAAUGCCACAAGCUCUUCUUGAGCCUUGCACCGGUUGCGCACCACCUUAUGGAUACAAGCACGUCAUGAAACUAUCUACGGAUACGAGUCAAUUCGCUAGUCUCGUGAGAGCUGCGCCAGUAUCAGGAAACUUGGAUGCUCCUGAGGGAGGGUUCGAUGCGAUCAUGCAAGCCAUAGUGUGCCGGAAUAACAUCGGUUGGCGCGAGAAAGCUCGUAGGCUUCUGGUGUUCUCAACCGACGCAGGUUUCCAUUACGCCGGUGACGGAAAACUCGGUGGAAUUAUACGGCCGAACGACGGACUGUGUCAUCUCGACAAUACCGGCCUUUACACGCACUCCUCUCUUCAAGAUUAUCCGAGUAUUUCACAAAUCAAUUUGGCUGUUAAGAAAAAUGCGAUCAACAUCAUCUGGGCAGUGACCGACGAACAAAUCAGUAUUUAUAAGCGAUUGUCGAAACACGUCGAAGGUUCUUUCGCCGGUAUUUUAGCCAAUGAUUCCAGCAACGUUGUCGAACUCAUACGAGAACAGUACGACAAAAUUUCCAGCUCGGUUGAGAUGAAAGACACUGCGAGUAAUUCCAUCAAAGUUCGCUAUCUCUCGAGCUGUCUCGGCGGCGGACCGCCCGUUGAAACUUCCAAAUGCGAUGGACUCAAAGUCGGCACUAAAGUCGAAUUUAUCGCGGAGAUCGAAGUCACGAGCUGUCCGAAAAAUCGAUCAGAAUGGAAACAAACCUUCGAAAUUUAUCCGGUUGGAGUGAGCGAAACUCUGAAGGUUAAUCUCGAGAUGCUCUGUGAUUGCGAGUGCGAGCACAGUGGUCCUAUGUACGAGGAAAAUUCUGCUGAGUGCAGUGGCGCUGGUACUCUCAAAUGUGGAAUUUGCGACUGUAACGAACGUGCUUUUGGCAAAAAAUGCGAGUGCAGCUCUCAUCCUGACUCAUCGGGCAUCGAUAAGAAUUUUGACACUUCUUGCAAACCCACUAAUGAGUCUCUUGUCGAUUGUUCUGGACGUGGUACGUGCACUUGCGGUCAGUGCGAAUGUACGGAAAGAGAAAAUCCUGAAGAGACGAUAUCGGGACAAUUUUGCGAAUGCGAUAACUUCUCUUGCGAGCGAUACCAAGGUUUGAUGUGCGCUAAUCAUGGUACAUGCGAAUGCGGACGUUGCGUUUGUAACGCUGGAUGGAAAGAGUCCGAUUGUCAUUGUCCAACCUCCACGGAUACUUGUAUCGCACCGGGAACUACCAACGGAGUGUUGUGCUCAGGCCACGGUGAUUGUGAAUGUGGCGAAUGUAAAUGUCACGAAACGAACGACAUUCGUUAUUCAGGAAGAUAUUGCAACAAGUGCCCGUCUUGUCCAGUCAGAUGCGAGGAACUGCGACCUUGCGUACAAUGUCAAAUGUACAAAGUUGGUAAUUACACAGAGGAAGAGUGCGCGAAGAACUGCAAAGAAUUUGUGCCAGAAGCUGUUCCCGUGGUAACGGUUGACGUUGACAAGGAUGAGGUUCUUUGCAUGAUGAUCGAUGACGACGAUUGCACUUAUCAAUACGUCUAUUAUUAUGACGAAACUAAUUGUCUCCAAGUACGAGCUCAAAGCCAGCGAGAUUGUCCCCACGAAGUAUUUUUCCUCGGUAUUGUUCUUGGGGUCAUUGCCGCAGUUGUUAUCGUCGGUCUCAUAUUACUUCUCAUGUGGAAAGCGGCUAUGACGAUUCACGACAGGCGAGAAUUCGCUAGAUUCGAGAGGGAAAGAAUGAUGGCUAAAUGGGAUACGGGUGAGAAUCCAAUCUACAAGCAGGCAACGUCGACGUUCAAGAAUCCAACCUACGCCGGCAAGUAAAUGCUUAUGAAAGAAAAGUUUCCACAUCAGGAAAUCCAUAAAAAAGAAAAAACGUCGCGUUACGAAAGAGAAACAAGAAUAGGUCGGAUGACGCGUUUUAACAAUGUAACGAAUUGAUUUUAUUUGUGCAGUAGUAAAAAACUUAGCCUUGUUUCAUCCGGGAGAAAGCGAAGAAAAAAGAAAUUAUAUAGGCUAUUCAAACAGAAAAAGGUAUGAAAAAUUAACGGAGCAAAUUACGACUAAUAUAAUAAAAACCUUGAGUUUACCGAGAGGUAAUACUGCCAUAAUACUUAGACAUUUUAGUCGAACGUCUUAGUGACAAUGAAGAAGUUGCAAGGACGAGACAAACGAGAUUGAACAAGGAUAUCUCUGUCUGAUAUCGUUUUGCUACUAUUAUUUACCAUUUUAUUCAUCGCUAUUCACUUAAUUAGUAACUUAAUUAAUUAUACGAAUGGAAAGAGAAAGAUUUAAAAAAAAAGAACGAAUGUAUUAGUGCCUAUUCGAUUGAACUUUAGACGUGAUUUUUCUCUAAAGUGCCUUUCUCACGGCUUUUUGAACGUGAAUUUUACUGGAAUUUUUUUCUACGGGGAAAAAAAACAAACAAAGCACGAUGUUUCAUUUGAACUGGAGAUAUCGAGUGUGCGAUUGACACGAAAAUUUCACUCUGCAUUUUUCUCAUUCAUACUACGACUGUGUACACUUCGUGAAUGUAUUUAUUAUUAUUUUUUUCUUGAACGAACAUAGCAUCUCGUCAUAUAUUAAUUAAGGUAUCUGUGCAAUCUGAAUUGAAAUCUUCCGAUUUGCGUCUCCGGUAACGAAAGCGCGUUGACGUUUAUUUUCUAAACAAGCAGGAAUUUUAACGUACAAGUAUUUUGAGCUUCCACGUUAUUUGAAUGCGGUGAAAAGUGGUCGAAAAAAUCGGACAUCGAGAGUCGAUUUUUAAUAAAUAAUUCAAAAAGCAAAUGUGACAAUUAUCACUGGACAAAAAAAUCGAUUGUUUGAACGAUGUUUCAUUCGAAGAAUCCAAUCUAAAAUUGAGUCGUGAACCACGAAUAGAGAUCACGCCGAAUAACGAUUCAACAUUUUUUUACGGUAGCGUUAAUCAUCGAAAAUUGUGAAAUCAUUUCUCUUUUUUUCCAUCAAACAAUCUCAAAUAGAAAAAGAAGCUGUAAGACUGUGGGACCGAGCGAAAGUGAGUCAAGACGAGCUGGAGUGAAAGAUGAGUGAGAGCGAGAGGAAAAGUGAAUUUGUUAAAUUUCCAUCGAGUGAGUGAAGCAUUAAUCGCGUGAUAAGCGCUACAACCUUGUGCCCUUUUUACGAAUAUUGGAACGAAAAUCCACUGCAUCGCAAAUCCGAACUGUCAAACGGCAGGCUGUCAAAACAACACGCCAAAUCUCUCUGGCUAAACAAUUCUACACCAUCUUCGACGGGUUGUCAAUUCGAAGCUGGGCGCGCAUACGAAAAGGUGUAAAAUUGCUACAUUCGUAUAGUUGCCCCGUGCUUGGACGACAUUUUGCCACUCAAGCAGGCUUGCGUUCCAAUAUAAUAAACAACUGUCAAAAUAUUCAAACAAAACAUUCCUCUCGUGUGAUUUCAAAGGUUGUCGUAGAUAUAAACGCACAUUAAUAUAUCUAGAACAACCUUGACCUAGACAUUUGUAUUACGUGUAUGAAAGCAUUGAAAUCAUACGAGGGAAUGUUUCGUUCGAAUACUGGGUCAAUCGAAGUUUCAGUGAUCCUAAAAAUACAUACAAAUAUAUGCAUACAUAAUAGCAUGUAUUAUAAUAUAUGCGUGUAUGUAUUAAUCGUUGAGCACGCGGUGCAAAAAUCUCAUUAAUGAUCGGCCAACACAUAUAUUAUAAAUAUAUACACGUAUAUAAAUAAAACAAUCCAUAUUAUUUAUUGAUCGAAUUGCUGUAUAAAUAGAAAGUUUUGCAAACAUUUAACAAUAACGAGAAUCAGCCCCUAUUUUUCGUGAAUGAACGAGCCUGCAUCUUGAAUCUUAUAUACAAAGCCAAACUUUUUUAUCCGCUCCGAUACUACGUUACGAAUGAUCGAUAAGUCAUUUCAAUUGAUUCUCCUCCGAAAAUGAGUUUUUACGAAUUUUUUGUUUUUCAAUAUUUCAUCGUGGUUUUUUUCUUGUUUCAUCAAUAGCUGAUUUUAACGAGAAGUAUGAGUGAUUAUUACGUACAUGUGACUGAAUGAAUAGAUUUUUAUUGUUAAAGUAUAAACAACAAUUUUAUGUAUGUAAGAUGUAUAAGUAAAAGAAAUUGUAACAGUUGA